GGAUGGCGUACGUGGACCACGCCUUCUCCAUCACCGACGAGGACGACCUGGUGGGCGGCGCGGCGGGGGGGCGGACGCGCGGCGCGCCGGUCAAGGAGAUCGCCUUCGCCGCCGCGCUGCUCGCGUUCGGCGCGCUCGGCGUCGUCGCCGGCCUCGUCAUGGCCUCCCACCGCGUCGGCGGCGACCGCUCCCACGGGAUUUUCUUUACAGUGCUUGGUGUGGUGAUGUUCAUCCCUGGAUUCUACUACACAAGAAUAGCAUACUAUGCUUACAAAGGGUACCAGGGCUUCUCUUUUGCCAACAUCCCUCCUAUCUGAAAAAGCAGUGGCCGAACUUCUUGGCCAGGAACCUGCUCCCCCUUCUUAUAAAGUAAACAUGUAUGUUUUUUCUCUUCUUUUUCUUUAUACCUUUUUAUAGAUUGGAGCAGCAGUUGUACAUAUAAACAGAAACCACAAUAAUGAGAAACCAUGUCAGCAUGGUAAUUUCACCUGA